GAAAUGUAGUACAUCAUAUAUGUGGAGAUUUCGACCCUUUCCGUCACAAAACCGGCUUUCAACAUUUUUCGGCCCAUGUCCAGAACCCUGUUCUUGUUCUCGUCUCAAGAAACGAGUCUCUAAAAGUGGAUCCUUUUGCAAAUACCAUGUGUCACUCAUUGAAAUUAUCAAAUGUCAAAGCGACGUAAAAAUCGUCGUAAUUGCCGUGACAGUUACCUUUUCUAUCUAUUUAUCAGCCAGCCGUGAUUGACAGAUAGGAUCAGAUUUCGAGGAAACUUCCCCUUGUACGGUUAUCAUGUCUGGGAACAACAAUGACUUGAUUGGUCGAGACAUUUUCGAUCUAGUUUAUCAAGACAUUGGAUUAAGACAUUGUACCAUUCUCUCCAAUGUUCCAAUUCAGCUCCCAGGAUCAAGCUUCAUCUCAAUUGAUCCAUCAAACCCAGGGUUUGACGUGCUCAAAAUGACCAAUUUCAUUCACAAAACCACAUGGUGUUUGGUAGUCAUCAUUCAUUUAGGAAUCCAUUCCCAGUUUCGAGGGACCACCUGGAGGACCCUCAUUGAGAGAAACGUUCAUGCCAAUGUCUUCCUUAUUGGCAACACUACAAGUUUGGAUUUGGGCUCAUGGAACAAGCCAGUGGUCAUCUUGGAGAGAGCGGGCAUCGCUGGUCGGGGUUUUCGUGUCCAUGUCUAUUGUGGCAGAAGAUAUUUCAGCUAUUGGCGCUACGAUGAGAAUUAUUGGCAAUCGAGCAAGGGGUUCUCACGACCUUUUGGUUUGAGAGGUGAAAGGUGUCUGCCCCUGUUGUUCAACCAGCCUUUCAUUGUGGGUUACUAUGGCUUGUUACCCAACAUUUUUGUUGAUGACGCCAAUGAUUCUGUGAGUGGUACAGACGUCGAGGCCAUCAGGCUUUUGGCCGACAAAUACCAGAUGAAGUUGGAAUUUCGAAAGGGGAGCGGUGGAGACUUCACUUCUAUCACGUCCAAGAAUGCCACUCACAAUUUGGCCAAGCUCUAUCGUGGAGAAUAUCAAGCUUCUAUCCCUGGAUUGCAGUUUUAUCACAAUUUCGUAUUUUUUGAUCUCUCCAAUUACGUUCUGUUUUCUCAAAUGAGAUAUGCGGCUCGACAACCUCAAAAAACAGUGGCCUUUGAGAAUGUGGCUCGAGGAUUCGAUAAACUGAGUUGGGCAGCUGUCUUCCUCACAUUGACCUGUUUUGCAGUCACUUUUCAAACUAUAUUUUACGUUUAUAAGUUCAAGAUUAAGGAUUCAGGAAGAUACAACAACCCUGGAAAUCCGGCUGACUUCUUCUUGCUCACUUUCACAUCUUUUGUCGAGCCGGACAAAAUCAAUUGGUUCCCGACUUGGUCCGCAGGCAAAAUGUCUGCCCUGAUGUGGUCCGUGUUUGCACUCUUGGUAGUCAGUUUCUACACCUCCAACCUCAGGACCAACCUGAUUGCUCCUAGUUUAGAGCCCGAAAUCAACAGUCAUGAAGAUAUUCUCAAGUAUGACAAGUUCAUUCAUGCCAAUAAUCUGUUUGUGUUUCUGCGCCGACAAAAGGUGUCGCCCGGUUUUGAGGCGGUGCUUCGUUGGGUCGAUGAAACGGGCGGUUGGUUCAGUUCUGAAGCAGAGGAGGGAUCUUUGGAACCUCAUGUCGAGACUGGGGUUUUGAACAAUGGUGAUGUCUACUUCACCAACGAUGAGAACGUCCUCUAUUCGUAUUUGUUCCAACAGACGUUGGGUUUCCCCAACCUGAGGAUCUCUAAUGAUGCUUUGAACAACUUUUACAUGUCUAUUCGCAUCCAAAAAUAUUCGCCCUACACCCCAGAAGUCAACGACGUGAUCACCACAUACCAUGAGCUUGGGUUGUUCAAGAGGAACUUAUACAAACCCAUUCCCAUUAUUGCUUUACCUUCAACAUCAGGAGGAUCACAAUAUGAAUCGUCGGAAACUUUGAGGAUGAGUUUGGAAAUGUUAUGGACACCGAUAAUACUCUUGUCAUGUGGAUGCAUUAUUGGGGCAAUUAUUUUACUUUUUGAGAUUAGACUUUGGAAUCCGGAUUCAAGAAAGAUGGAUUCGUCUGAAAGUCAGCGCACUUUCGUACGCUUUUCCUAAACCAUUGACUUCAAACUCCUACUUGCCCUACUGGAAAUGAUUCAGAUCGUGAGAAAAGUUCUCUAAAUAAACAA